ACAAAACGAAACUUAACUUCCGUCAAAUACUUUCUGCUCUUAACGAGCUGUUACUAGUAUCCGAGGUAUUUUCCAUUCGGAUUAAGCUCAUUUAAGAAUCCCUCCUUUUUCCAUAAAUUGGUGAAGGAAUUUUACUGUUAUAGCACUCUUUGUCUUUUGGAGUGUUUCGUGAGAGUCUAGAGAAAGGUUUUUAUUCUGCUAGAGCAUUGUAUUGUACACUAUCCGUCCUGUGAACACAAGACGAAGGGUCUUUUUGAGAUUGGAAUACUACUUGCGAUCACGAAGAGAUUACUUUGAUUUUGACUAACACCAUUCCAUUGGUGAUCUUGUAAUUUUUAUCAUUUCUUCCUUGCUCAAUUCAUCGCGGAAUACGUGUUUUUACGGAAGAAUAUUCGUUCGGAGCUUAACACUGUCGUCCGUCUUUCAUUGUUUUUGUUCUUGCCAAUUUACAACAGACAGUAUUUCGUAAACGUCCAUGAAGCUCUUUGGUUCCAAAAAGCCAAAGAGGGGUUCUCAGACCCAGCCUAGGGCAGGUUCAAAGGAUCCCUCAUCAGAAAUCGAUAUGAGCUGUGCGUUUGAAAAGAAACGCUAUAAGCACCUGUACCAUUUUAAGUUCUCUAUCCCGCGUAUUCUUUAUCUGCUCAUACAAGCAGUCGGCUCGUUUAUUAUUUCGGGCGGUGUAGAAUUCGCUAUUGCCUAUGGCAUGUACCACAAUGCGGAUCAACCCGUACGCCUUUGGCGCCUGCCUAACACGCUCUCUGGUGAUGCUGCGGUAACUCUAUUUGUACAGACGAUUAUUACUUAUUGGAUUGAAAUCAUACUUGUCCGUGCGGAUUUACAUUCCGGAAUUGUAAAACCUAUUCGAGUGCGAUGGUGGCCGAAGAGUCGGCUCAUGCUGUUCAUUCUCGAUUAUCGCACCCCAUACUAUUUCACCAAUUGGUUUUGUCGGAUUAUUGAAUGGUUGGUAGUUAAUGCCGUUCGAGCCUUGUUCUGGUCGGUCCCACUUUUUUUCCUUUUUUGGCCUGCUACGAUGGGUAUUCUUUGUGCUCCCGGCGAACAUCGUGGCAAUGAGUAUUAUUACAAUCACUUUCCAAUGCCUCAGCUAUUCAAACUUAUUUACGGAGGUACAUUGGGAUUUGUGAUGACCCCUUGGUUUGCAUUUUUGCACAUGUAUAUGUUCUACCAUAAACACGCUUUAGAUGCGAUAGCCAAGCGUGAUGAAAAGGCGCGAAAUACUAAUUUGGAAACCCCAAUCGACGUACAAAAUGCAUCUCAGUAUAAUAGUGGGCCGACACCGCCGACAACUAACGAUGUUAAUGUCACGGGAGCCCUCGGGUCUGCACCAACAGUUGCGGCAACUUCUCUUAGAAAUAAUGCCGCCGUGGAAGUUGCUAACGAGCAACCGACCGUUAAUGGGACGGCAACAACCGCUUUGCCUAACAACGUUGUUAAUAGCGCAUUACCUUCUCGUUCACGUGUGACCAUGGUGCAUCAACCAAUUGACAAUACAGUCUCACGCACCACCUUCACCGAAGGUAAUUCUCAAGCUGCUACCUUUAUUGGCAGUGACGCUGUUCACAACAGACAAGCUCAAGACACCUCAUCCUUGGCGGCGGAGCAACCGGUAAGUCAGCAUGAACAAGCAGUUGAUCUGCAGCCGCCUUCGUUCCCGAAUGAUGACAUGGACGGUGUAUCGUUUACUUCUGCACAUACAUCUACUUCAGUUGUAAGGCCUUAGAUGAGGUUAUUGGCUGUUUGCUUUUGUUUUCGGUUCAGUCGAAAUGAGAAGAAUUCGUAAACUCAAUUUUGCUAUUCGACUAUUUCGUUCUCCGUCUUCUCAUUAUAAAAAGUUAUAUUGUUAGGCACUAUUGACCUGGUGUCCCGUUUUUCUCGCAAGGAAUGUUUUUUUUCCUUCUUUUGUGUUACUCAAGUUAAGCAAACAAGGAUUGGAAUUGGUAUGAGUCGUUACUCUUAAACGGUUAAUUACCUCGGGCAAAUAAUUUUGAGUUCGGACAUCCUAUUAAUAUACCUUCGCCUAAUAAGCUUUGUGCUUAUGGUGUCCUUACAAUUUUGCUCUUUCUGUACACUUCAACAUACGCUCAUUUGAAAUGUUAUGCUCCUCAAUUCGAAGUUACUUCAUAGAUUUUCUGCUUAAUAAACUAAUUUUUAGUGAUUAUUGUCGCAUUAACCGGGUUUCCUACAUUUGAACCUUAGAACAGGGCGUUACUUAACAGUCUCAUACAAUUGUAAUCCCACU